AUGACUGGAGGUGGAGAAAAGCCCAGUUCCUCAAGUGAGAAGACCGUGAUGGAUAUUUCAUCACCAUACUUUCUCACCACGGCUGAUCACCCCAGACAGAAUUUUACUGGAGAGAGUUUGCUUCAGGACGGAAACUAUAGCGAUUGGCAAUGUGAGAUGACUAAUGCACUGCUUGCCAAGAACAAAAUUGGCUUCGUCAAUGGUAGCCUACCCAUGUCUAAAGAAGACUCAGCAGACCUGAUGAACUGGAAAAGGUGUAACGCUAUGGUGAGAGGAUGGUUAAUCAGUGCAAUGGAAAAGGAGAUCAAAGGUAGUGUCAAAUAUGCCAUAACAGCCCGUGACAUAUGGAUGGAUCUUGUAGAAAGAUUUGGAAAAGAAAACGCACCACGAGCUUAUGAACUUAGAAGAAAGGUCACAACAAUACGUCAAGAUGAUCCGACUGUUUCUGCCUACUACACGAAAUUAAGAAGUAUAUGGGAUGAAGUUCAAUCUAUAAGCCCCACACCGACCUGUACAUGCAAUGGAUGUUCCUGUGAUGUUGCAAAGGAGUUUUUGAAGAUACGUGAGAAAGAGAGACUAUAUGACUUCUUGAUGGGUUUAAAGGAGGAAUACAAUGUGGUCAAAACACAAAUAUUUAGUACUGAUCCUCUACCUAUCCUAGGUGUCACAUACCACUUGGUAAGUCAAGAUGAGCAACAACGACAUGUUGCAAUGGCUCAUUCUUCCGGCAACGACACAGCAGCUUUUCAAGUUUCAGGAAAGCCCAACAAUAAAGCAUUUGGCAAGGGAAACUCUUAA